GUGCGGUGCGCUCUCCAAAACUUAUGCCAAAUUCUAGGACUACAUAUUUAUUCAUCAAAUUGGGCCAUGUAAACCUCUCGCUGAAAAAUGUUGAAGCUUGUGCCGCGUAAUCGAACGCCAUUUUGUUACACCAAGUACCCUUCAAGCCACUCCAAAAUAGCCUCGCACUCAUCACCAUCUCAUCAUCUGAAUCUGACCAAGGCCAUCCUCAACUCCCAAACUCCCCACCAAGCUCUAAACCUUUUCAAUUCCAACAUAAAACUCAUCAAUCCAUCGAAAAAUCUCGAGCCUUAUUCAGCCAUUAUUCACGUGUUAACCGGUGCUAAACUUUAUACAGACGCCAGGUGUUUGAUAAAAUACCUCAUCAAAACCCUCCAAAGCUCGUUAAAACCCCGCCGCGCUUGCCACUUAAUUUUCAAUGCCCUUAGCAAAUUACAAACCUCAAAAUUCACUCCCAAUGUUUUUGGGUCGUUAAUCAUUGCAUUUUCUGAGAUGGGUCUGAUCGAGGAAGCCUUGUGGGUUUAUAGAAAAAUCAGAACUUUCCCGCCAAUGCAGGCUUGUAAUUCACUUUUAGAUGGGUUAGUUAAGAUGGGGAGAUUUGAUUCGAUGUGGGAUGUUUAUUAUGACUUGCUUUCGCGUGGGUUUUUGCCUAAUGUUGUUACUUAUGGGGUGUUGAUAAAUGGUUGUUGUUGUCAAGGUGAUGCUUCAAAGGCUCGCGAGUUGUUUCAUGAGCUGUUAAUGAAAGGAAUUCAACCCAAUGUUGUCAUCUUCACGACUGUCAUAAAAAUUCUUUGCAGUGAAGGUCAGAUGCUGGAGGCGGAAUGUAUGUUUAGGUUAAUAAAAGAUUUGUAUUUCCUUCCAAAUUUGUACACUUUUAAUGUUUUGAUGAAUGGUUAUUGCAAGAUGGAUAAUGUUGAACGUGCCUUUGAAAUAUACUGGAUGAUGAUUGGUGAUGGCUUGAGACCAAAUGUUGUUACUUUUGGUAUCUUGAUUGAUGGACUUUGUAAGAUGGGUGCAUUGGUAGUGGCAAGGAACUAUUUUGUUUGUAUGGUUAAAUAUGGUGUUUUUCCCAAUGUAUUUGUGUACAAUUGUUUAAUUGAUGGAUACUGUAAGGCAGGUAAUGUUUCUGAAGCAGUGGAGUUGAGCUCAGAAAUGGAGAAGUUAAAAAUUUUGCCUGAUGUUUUCACUUACAGUAUACUGAUCAAGGGUCUUUGUAGUGUUGGCAGAGUGGAAGAAGGGAGUUUUUUAUUGCAGAAAAUGAUCAAAGAUGGAGUUUUGGCAAAUUCUGUGACUUACAAUUCACUAAUUGAUGGUUACUGUAGAGUAGGUAACAUGGAGAAAGCUUUGGAGAUAUGCUCUCAAAUGACUGAAAAAGGUGUAGAACCAAAUGUCAUCACUUUCUCAACAUUGAUUGAUGGUUACUGCAAGGCUGGAAAUAUGCAAGCUGCCAUGGGUUUUUACUCAGAAAUGGUUAUCAAAAGCAUUGUUCCUGAUGUGGUGGCUUACACAGCUUUGAUUAAUGGGUGCUGUAAAAAUGGGAAUGUGAAGGAGGCACUCCGGCUGCAUAAAGUGAUGCUAGGGUCAGGCUUAACACCCAAUGCUUUCACAUUAAGUUGCUUAGUUGAUGGCCUUUGUAAGGAUGGAAUAGUUUUUGAGGCUUUCAGUGUUUUCUUGGAGAAAACUAGAGCUGGUAUUAGUGAAAAUGGAAUCAAUGAAAUGGAUGGCCUCUUUUGCUUGCCAAAUCAUGUGAUGUAUAUGAUCUAUACAACCUUGAUUCAGGCCCUGUGCAAGGAUGGCCAGAUAUUUAAGGCAAAUAAAAUUUUCUCAGAUAUAAGAUGCAUUGACUUGAUAGCAGAUGUGCCAUCUUACAUCGUUAUGUUAGAGGGUCACUUUCAAGCCAAGAAUAUGAUUGAUGUGAUGAUGCUGCAUGCUGAUAUGAUAAAGAUUGGCAUCAUGCCAAGCAUUACCGUAAACAUGAUCAUGGCGAGGGGUUAUCAAGAGAUUGGAGACCUCAGAUUAGCUCUUAUGUGCUCUGAGGAUUUAGCGGUUCAGAGCUUGGGUGUUUUCAAUCAAGGAGACCAUAAAGAACUUCAGCAUGCAGUGAAUGAGGACAAAUAAGGCUAGUUUCUCGUUAGUGAUCUUUCUAAUAGGUGAAAGGUUCCCAUAGUGCUGGUGCAUUCACUCUCUGAUUGUCUCCCUCAGAGCUUGAGGUAGUGAAAUUUUUUUGGCACUGCUCAAAUUAUUUGUUGCUAAGGGGGGAAGCUCUGCCAUACUUGUGGUUGCCAGUGAUCAUUCUAGUUGAAAUCUUUGGAAGCCACGAGAUGCCAGACUUUUGAUUCUCUUUUCUUUGACGAACUAAAGUCUUGGCAUCGCAUGUAUCAGUUGUCUUUGAAGAUCUCUUGGAUUCUUGAUAGCAAGCCAUCUAAGUUGAGCCACUUGGGUGGGGAAAUCAUGACAUCAAUGCUCAACUAGCUCAGAGUCUUUGGUGUUCCCUAACCAAUCAAAAGCAAUAUAAAAUUUCAUUCCAAUUUUAGGUUUCAAAUUUCGUUCUUACACAAAGGAAGUGUAAUACUUGUCUAAUCUCACUACAAAAGGAAAUGAACCAGAAACCCCAAAAAGCUGUAGAGCCUAUUCAGGAAGACGCAAAUGCUCAAUGUGGAACCUGAUCAAGUGACAGUAACGGUUGCUCUCUCUGCCUGUAGGGCACUAGAAAUGGGAGAAUGGAUUCAUGCAUACGUUCGUCGAGAACCGGAGCUCAAGGCAUGCUCUCAUAAACAUGUACGCAAGAUGUGGUGAGAUAAAAACUGCAAGGAAGUUGUGUGAUAGCUUAGGAGAAAAGGAUGCGACCACAUGGACUUCCAUGAUCGGAUUAGACGAAAGGGCAAAUAUAUUUAGCUUAAAGAUUUAGUUGUUGGCAAUGAAUUUGGGUUGGGAAAUGUAGACAACAAGCUGUAUUUAGACAACCAGCUCAACUGUCAGAUUGUAUUUAUUUGGAUUAAUUGUGAAGCCCGGUCAAAUCCUCGGUUAUACUAUUAA